CCGGGUGGUGGCCGGGAAAGCCACCACGGUGGUGCAAGCGGAACCAAAGCCCGGAGGUUUCAGUGAGCCUUGGGAGCAUGGCCUUAUUCCGGUCGGGCCUCCUGGUGCUGACGACGCCUCUGGCCUCCCUGGCCCCUCGCCUGGCCCCCAUCCUGACCUCGGCAGCCCGGCUGGUGAAUCACACACUUUAUGUACAUCUGCAGCCAGGCAUGAGCCUGGAGGGCCCGGCUCAGCCCCAGUCCAGCCCUGUGCAGGCCACGUUUGAGGUUCUCGAUUUCAUCACGCACUUCUAUACUGACGCCGAUGUCCACAGACACCUGGACGUCAGAAUCCUGCUGACCAAUAUCCGAACCAAGAGCGCCUUUAACCCUUCCCAGCCCGCCUCAGUACAGAAUCUCGCCCACCCGCCAGAAGUGGUCCUGACAGACUUCCAGACCCUGGAUGGAAGCCAGUAUAAUCCAGUUAAGCAACAGCUAGUGCGUUAUGCCACCAGCUGUUACAGCUGUUGUCCACGACUGGCUUCGAUACUGCUAUACCCUGAUUAUGGGACUGGAGAGCUGCCUGUGGAGCCCCUGGAUGUCCCCUUACCCUCUACAAUCAGGCCAGCUUCCCCCGUGGCCAGGUCUCCAAAGCAGCCGGUGCGUGGGUACCACCGCGGGGCUGUGGGUGGCACGUUUGACCGCCUGCAUAAUGCCCACAAGGUGUUGCUCAGUGUCGCAUGCGUCCUGGCCCAGGAGCAGCUUGUGGUGGGAGUAGCAGACAAAGAUCUGUUGAAGAGCAAGGUGCUCCCUGAGCUGCUCCAGCCUUAUGCAGAACGCGUGGAACACCUGAGUGAGUUCCUGGUGGACAUCAAGCCCUCCUUGACUUUUGAUAUCAUCCCCCUGCUGGACCCCUAUGGGCCCGCUGGCUCUGACACCUCUUUGGAGUUCCUGGUGGUCAGCGAAGAGACCUAUCGUGGGGGGAUGGCCGUCAACCGCUUCCGCCUUGAGAAUGGCCUGGAGGAGCUUGCCUUGUACCAGAUUCAGCUGCUGAAGGACCUAAGCCAGAAGGAAAAUGAAGAGGACAAAGUCAGCUCCUCCAACUUACGCCAGCGAUUGCUGGGAGCCCUGCUUCGGCCUCCACACAACAGGCCAGAGCUCCCUCCAUCUCUCUAUGUGAUUGGGCUGACUGGCAUCAGUGGCUCUGGGAAGAGCUCAGUAGCUAAGCGGCUGAAGGGCCUAGGGGCAUUUGUCAUCGACAGUGACCAACUGGGCCAUCGGGCCUAUGCCCCAGGUGGCCCUGCCUACCAGCCUGUGGUGGAGGCCUUUGGAACAGAUAUUCUCCAUAAAGAUGGCAUUAUCAACAGGAAGGUCCUAGGUAGCCGUGUGUUUGGAAACAAGAAACAGCUGAAGAUACUCACAGACAUUAUGUGGCCAGUUAUUGCAAAGCUGGCCCGAGAGGAGAUGGAUCAAGCUGUGACUGAGGGAAAGCACGUGUGUGUGAUUGACGCUGCUAUGCUGCUUGAAGCCGGCUGGCAGAACAUGGUACAUGAGGUGUGGACUGUUGUUAUCCCACAGACUGAGGCUGUACGGCGCAUUGUGGAGAGGGAUGGCCUGAGUGAAGCUGCAGCUCAAAGCCGGCUGCAGAGCCAGAUGAGCGGGCAGCAACUGGUGGACCAGAGCCAUGUGGUGCUGAGCACCUUGUGGGAACCACAGAUCACCCAGCGCCAAGUGGAGAAAGCCUGGGCCCUCCUGCAGGAGCGCAUCCCCAAGACUUGUCAGGCCCUGGACCGCAAAUGAGUUCAACGUGGGCCACGUUUGCCUCUGGAGCUGAUGAGAUCCAGGGGUGAGGAGAAGUGGGGGCCUUGAUGCUCACCCUGGCUCAGGGCUGGAGGUCUCCAGGCUAAGCUGUGCAGGACAUGGCUGGGCCUAGUGGACACAGGCAACCUACUGAGCAUGCUGGGGUUUCGCAAGCACCAAGGAUGUGGCUGGUGGAGAACAGUCCCUGCUGGGGUUCCAUUCCCACUCUUGCCCCAGGGUGCCUGAUACCCACAGCUGACUGGAGUCAGGACAAAUACUGAACUUGUAAUGUAUUAAAGGUGAAUGUU